AUGGAUGACUACGAAUACCUUCAGCCUGGGUUCGACCCCAAAUCACUGACAGUGCCUCGGCUCCGCUCGAUCCUCGUCGCACACGACAUCCAGUACCCCGCGACAGCCAAAAAGCCUCAGCUCAUCCAGCUGUUCGAAGACCAGGUUGUUCCUCAAGCCAAAAAGAUCUUGGCGAAACAAGCCAAGGCCAAAAGAUCAAGCUACGGCAUUGUCGACGCCGGGAGCUCUCAGGACACUGACGACUUCGAUAACGACUACGACCUUGCUCCUCCCCCGCCAAGGGUGACGAGAUCGAGAUCGCCGCGCAAAGCUUCUACUCGGAUCAGAAGCGAGGAAUAUGAGCAAGAAGUGCCGGCUCCAGUCAGCCCGACGAAGCGGAAGGUCCGAGCUGCAAGUCGACAAUUGCCAGAGCCUGAACCUGAACCUUAUGUCGAACCUUACACCGAGCCUGAGCCGCCCAAGUCUGUUCGCAAGCGAGCUGUCACUCCCAAGAUUCCGAAGAUCAAACAGGAAGAGUCUGAAGAGGAGUUCUUCAACCGUAGAGAGUCGCAGUGCUUCUCUACAGAGAACCCUUUCCAGAGUGGGAGCCCAGCAACGCAGCUCAUCACCAGCCCCAACGGACGAAGAAAGACCACUGGCCUGGAUUUCGCAAAGGGCAAACUUGAGAGUAGCCCUCGCCGACGAACGGAUGGCCAUUACGCCGAGAAUCGCCCCAAAUCGUCGAGAAAGUCUCAUGCGUUCGAGGUUCCUGUCAGCGAUCUUCUUCGCGAGCAAACACCCGAGCUCCAAGAUUUUGAGGUUGAGGCUGGGGAAGAGUUCACCCCCGAUGCACAGUUCGAGAUGGAACAAGAGAUGGCUGCUGGUGGUGAAAGAGCACUAGCCCCGCGGCCUACAUCGCCUCCACGCCCGAGACGUAGUCUCUCCAAACCCCUUUGGGCUCUUGCGAUCUCCCUGUUCGGAGCGUACGGUGCGUGGUACCGACAGGAGAAGGUUGCUGUUGGAUAUUGCGGACUCGGUCGACCUGCCACGCAAAUCAUCCCUCCUGAGGUCGCAGUUCCCGACUGGGCAGUGCAGCUUGCGGAGCCCCAGUGCGAGCCUUGCCCACAGCACGCUUAUUGCUACGAGGAUUUCACUGUACGCUGCGAGCCUGACUUCAUCUUGAAGCCUCACCCUCUGGCUUUGGGUGGUUUGGUUCCCCUUCCGCCCACAUGUGAGCCGGAUGGAGAAAAGGUCAGAAGAGUGAAGGCUGUAGCGGACAAGGCGGUUGAGGAACUUCGGGAGCGCCGCGCGCAAUUCGAAUGUGGAGAUUCUACUGUAGAUGCUGGUCAGGCGCCAGCGUCCCCAUCCAUCGCAGAAGAGGAGCUGAAAGCUGCGAUUAGUGCAAAGCGGAGCAAGAAGAUGAACAAGCAGGAGUUCGACGACCUUUGGGUCGCCGCGAUAGGAGAAGUCAAGGGCCGAGAGGAAGUCGAAGUGGCACCAAAGGCCAAUUCCACCUCAAUUUCAGACGCCUACCUCUCGUCUACCUCUCUCGCUCGGCUACCGAUCGGCUGCACCCUCAAGCGCUCAGUCAGACUCGGCUUGGCAAGACAUCGACUCUCAAUUGGAUCUGUGAUCCUUUUGAUCUCGGCCUACUUCUACGUCCGGCGGAAGUACAGGUCUCACAAGGCGACUGUGGCGCAGGUUCCGGCCUUAGUCGACCUUGUGUUGUCGAGAUUGGCGACGCAGAAGGAGCUCGGCGAGGAGGAUAUUGAUGAUCCUUGGCUUUUCCUGCCCAAUCUCCGCGAUGACGUACUUCGAUCGGUACACUCGCUCGGAGAACGAGAUCGAAUCUGGACCAAGGUUAAGGCGGUCGUGGAGCAGAACAGUAACGUGCGGACCAGUCAAAGAGAGGGAAGGAGCGGCGAAGUUGGCCGCGCGUGGGAGUGGAUUGGACCGAUUGCAGGGGACAGUGCCAGACGGCGCAAGAGCGGACGUAUUUCCUAUGGAGCGGAUGUAAAGACAGAAGAUACCCCGGGGACGUCAGAGGAUAAGGCUGCUGCUCAUUCAAAGUGGGAUGAGCCGCGGCCGAUCUAUUGA